GGGGGCUGCAGCCAGCACCGGCGCCCCGCAGCCCCGCGCACCUGUGGGCAGCGCUGGUGCCGUGAUUUUUCUUCCCCCCCCCCUUUUUUUUUUUCCUUUUUUUUUUUUUUUUUUUUCCCUUGUGCUUUUGGCCACGUCCAACCAGGGAAAGGCCCUCCCCCUCCGGCACCGCAGCGCCCGCGCUCCCGGAGCAUGGCCCCCCCUGCCCCUGCCCCUCCGCCGCGGCUGCAGCUGCCGCGGACCCCGAGCGUCUGACUCCAGACGGAGGCGGCGCAGCGCCGGGAGCCACCGCCACCGGCAUCGCCUCGGAGCGGCCCCGGGGGAGCGGGGCUGGCCGGGGCCCCUCGCCCCCGCGGGCCCGGAGCGGGGCUCGGCUUAGGCACCGACUGCCGCCGAGCAGCCGUCCCCUGACGGGCUUGCUGCCUGCCGUGCUUGCUUGGAUGAGUCUGCGACAUGCCUAAUAAGAGACGAGAUGGGCCAGGGCGACGAGAGCGACCGCAUUGUGAUCAACGUGGGAGGGACUAGGCACCAGACUUACCGCAGCACCCUGCGCACCCUGCCCGGCACGCGGCUGGCCUGGAUCGCUGAGCCCGAUGCCCACAGCCACUUUGACUAUGACCCCCGCACGGAUGAGUUUUUCUUUGACCGGCACCCGGGCGUCUUCGCCCACAUCCUGAAUUACUACCGCACUGGCAAGCUGCACUGCCCCGCGGACGUGUGCGGGCCCCUGUAUGAGGAGGAGCUGGCCUUCUGGGGCAUCGAUGAGACCGAUGUGGAGCCCUGCUGUUGGAUGACCUACCGGCAGCAUCGCGACGCCGAAGAGGCUCUGGACAGCUUUGGUGGGGCGCCCCUGGAUAGCAGUGCUGAGGACGGAGACAUAGAUGGCACCGGAGACUCUGGUGAUGGUGAAGAUGAGCUGGAGAUGACAAAACGCCUAGCACUUAGUGACUCCCCAGAUGGCAGGUCUGGGGGCUUCUGGAGACGGUGGCAGCCCCGCAUCUGGGCACUCUUUGAGGAUCCCUACUCCUCCAGAUAUGCAAGGUAUGUGGCAUUUGCCUCCCUGUUCUUCAUUUUGGUCUCCAUUACCACCUUCUGCCUCGAGACCCAUGAGAGAUUUAACCCCAUUGUGAACAAGACAGAAACUGAAUUCAUCGGGAAUGACACCCAGGUGCGGCACUACAGGGAAGCAGAGACAGAAGCCUUUCUCACCUACAUCGAAGGUGUCUGUGUGGUCUGGUUUACAUUUGAGUUCUUGAUGAGAGUCACUUUCUGCCCAAACAAGGUGGAAUUUAUCAAAAACUCUUUGAACAUCAUUGACUUUGUGGCCAUACUGCCUUUCUAUCUAGAGGUUGGACUCAGUGGCCUGUCUUCCAAAGCUGCUAAGGAUGUCCUGGGCUUCCUCCGCGUAGUCCGUUUCGUGCGAAUCCUGCGAAUUUUCAAGCUGACCCGCCACUUCGUCGGGUUGCGGGUCUUGGGACACACCCUCCGUGCCAGCACAAACGAAUUCUUGCUGCUCAUCAUAUUUUUGGCAUUGGGCGUCUUAAUCUUUGCCACGAUGAUCUAUUAUGCCGAGAGAAUAGGUGCUAAACCAAAUGACCCUAGUGCCAGUGAACACACACACUUUAAAAAUAUCCCCAUCGGCUUUUGGUGGGCUGUUGUCACCAUGACGACCCUGGGCUACGGAGACAUGUAUCCUCAGACUUGGUCAGGCAUGCUGGUGGGGGCCCUCUGCGCUCUCGCUGGUGUGCUGACCAUUGCCAUGCCUGUCCCUGUCAUUGUGAACAAUUUCGGAAUGUAUUACUCCUUAGCUAUGGCUAAGCAGAAGCUACCAAAGAAAAAAAAGAAGCAUAUCCCGAGGCCACCCCAGCUGGGAUCCCCCAAUUAUUGUAAAUCUGUCGUAAACUCUCCACACCACAGUACUCAGAGCGACACUUGCCCACUGGCCCAAGAAGAAAUUUUAGAAAUUAACAGAGCAGGAAAGCAUCUCCAACUCAACACAGAACAAAACCUGGGCUCACGACUUUGUGCAAGACUGAACGUAACUGGUCCACUGACAAUACAUGAGGAUUAUAUCAUACACGAAGCAGCUGCAGUGCAGAGAGGAUUAAGCAUUAAAGAUGCUUUUUUCUACACCUGUAGAAGACAAGAAAAUCUUUGAAUUUUGGUCACUUAAGUACAGGACAAAAACACUUGACAGAAAUUAAUUACUGGAGAGAUUUGUCCUGAGGCUCUGACCGUGGCACUAAUGUCUGUAACAUCAGGAUUUCAGACAUGGCAGAGAGUGACAUUCAUUCAGAACUUACAUCCCUGCCUCUCACAGUGACAGGCAUUCAAUGUGUCACAGUGCUUUAACUUUAUAUGACCAGAACUAGACAAUCACAAUCUCCUCACAGAGCCAGAGACUGCAGUCUCAUGACAGAACAUGCAGAAAAUCCCUUACACCUAGUGCUUAGUGAGAGGUCAUCCACGCAAGGCAGGAUGUCAGAGCUCAUCUAGAAGAGUGCUAGUAAUUCAAGUGCCCCUUGGGACCACAUGGUGCCAUGGCCAUUUGUGCCCAUGAAUUCUGGGUGGUAAAGCAUUAGCAUUUCAAAUUUGCACACGCUUCAAAUGGACAUAAGUGAUGACACAAAGAAAAGGAGGGGACAGCUGUGAUUCAUCUGACCUACAACGUUACCUCCGAGACCUAGAACUGAAGGGCAUCUUCAGCACAGGCUUAGGAAAAGUCAUAGAUGAACACAGAAGCAAGAAUCUGAGACCCCCCUUCAUACUGCAUUCCAGUCCUACAUGUAGCUUUCACAGCACUAAGCAAAUCAAAGAGCAGGAGAAGGGACAGUCAGCGGGAUGAGCAGGUGCAUGCAGGUGAAAUGGUGCUUCCUCCUACUUUGCUGGCUGAAGUCAAAAAUAAGAGACCCCACUGGGCUCUCAAGAAUUCUCUCAUCAAGGAAGAACAGCUAGGUUGGAAAAGGAUAUUUUGGAAAUGCUUUGGUGCUUAACAUAUUUCAUAAGGCAACCCUUUGUAGAACACUGGUCUAUUUACAAGCAUGAGCUUUAAGGCAAUCACACAGACCAGACUAGAGAUGACUGUCAGUCCUUGGCAUCUUAUAAAAAUACUUAUGAUAUAAUAAAAGCUGAAGAGAUAGUCCAUAUGGUCACAUUUGCCUACAAUUUCUUCUCUUCUGACUGCUAUUCUCUUCCUGUGAAGGGCUGUUUGCACUGAACAAAAGUGAGCGUUCUGGGAUUUAUCUCUGAAGGUGUCCUUUUCUGCAGAAUACAGUUCUCCAACUCAGAACCAAGAAUUGAAAUGUGUAAACCUUCCACAUGGACAUCUUAUGUAAAAUAGCUUUGUGUUUAAAUGGGCUUUAGUUUGAACUUCUCCCCAUUUCACUUUCCCUUUGCAAGGCUGCAUUUUGGUCAAGUUUCAAGACACACAAUAUGAAUGUGCAUUACUGUUGAGUGAAGUCUAAAAAAAUUGCUUGUUGAUAUUAAACAAGUGAGGGCUUUUUUCCCCCCAUGCUUAACAAGUAAUCUGAGAUCAAUUCCAGCAGUCAUAAGCUAAAGUGUUAGAAAUGCAAAGAGAAAAAUCAAGGAAACAAGUGGUGACUGAGUUGCUCAGUUUCCAUCUCACUGAUUGAACUGAUAGAUUUUCUCACAGCUACGCAAACAUCGCCACAGAACAGAAGUAGCUGCAGCUUGGCAGUGAUGAUAUUAGGAUGCCUUAUUUUGCAAAGUUUCAAGUUGUGACCUUGGUGUAUCACAAUGGCUCAGAUGAUGGCACCCUGCAAGUGUCACAGCGCAGCUGUAACAGUGACAGCACUGCAGUACUGUGCGCUAUGAGAGCAUUAAAACACAUAGCUCGAUAAAAGCUAUAGCAUAGCUGUAGUCAGAGAGAGUUCAGGGUGAACUAACCCUUCUUUCUGGGCAGGAUUUGUGGAUUACAAUUUUCCUCUGUGCUGCAACUGUUGUACUUGAGUUAACCCACUUGUAUCCAGUUCAAGUGUGCCUACAGCACAUUGUACUGUAGUGCAAGCGCACAUCUAAUAAAACUCCUGUGGGUCA